CCUAAAGUUUCUUUAAGUCUGAGGAACAUUAACAUCUCGCCGGGCUUCUUGAUUUAUACCUUGUAAGACACAAUUUAAUUAGCAUAUUCUCGAGUGGGAUUUUCGUCUCUUUAAGUGUGGAUAUAGGUCGACGUAUGGAACAUGCCAUCUCUGAAUACUCAAUUAAGGUUUGCUCACAGCUCUCCCCUUCUAAUUUGGACUCUCUGAUAACCUGGGCUCAGUGCUAGUUACUCUAAAACACUCUGAAGUUACCAUUGGCCUCCAUCUCUCAGCGGACGGGAACUCAUUUUGGGACUCUUGCUGUCCAGGACAAAUGGACGUCUCUGGCUCUACUUCCUUUUCCUCUUCCCCUUCCCCUUCAUACACCUUCCCCCUUCUCACUAACCUGUCCCUUCCCUCGUCCUCUCCUUCUCUCUCCCCAUCCCCAAGUGUAGCCUCCACAGCUCUCUUCUGCUUUUUCCUAUCUCUCCUUUCUCUGCUGGGCAUUCUGGGCAACCUCUACACCCUAGGGCUUCUCAUUCGCCGCCGUAGGAUGUCAAGAAGGCGGCGUAGCACUCCUACCUGUUGUUACUCCUGCCUCGGCACCUCCUCCCCUUCUUUCUCUCCCUCCUCCUCUCCCACCUCGUCCUCCUCCUCUUCUUCCCUCCACCUGCAGGUUCUGAGUCUGGCUUUGGCAGACCUGGUGUACCUCUCCACUGCCCCCUUCAUUGUGUACGACAGCCUGGCAUCUGACUGGGCCUUCGGUGAACUAGGCUGUCGGCUCCUACUCAGUCUGGACUUGCUCACCAUGCACGCAAGCAUCUUCACCCUCACUGCUAUGAGCCUGGAUCGGUAUCGAGCUGUGGCCGAUCCGUUGGCAGCCUCAUCCACACCUUCCUCUGGACUCCUGAGAGUCGCUUUGGCCUGGGGUUUUGCCGUGGCUCUCAGUUUGCCCAUGAUGAUCACUCUGCACCUGGAAGACGGAGAGAACCAGGAAGGCAAGUUGUGCGUUCCCGCCUGGGAUGAGCAGAGUUCCAAAGCCUACCUCAGUGUGCUCUUCUGCACCAGCAUCCUAGGCCCAGGACUGGCCAUCGGAGCUUUGUAUGCAGCUUUAGGGAGACUCUACUGGGUAUCUCAGACGCAACCAGCUUGGGUCGGAGGGGGCAACGCCUACCCACCCCGUGCACCUCGCCCCAAAGUCCUGCUCCUCAUCCUGGGGAUUGUACUGACUUUUUGGGCUUGUUUCCUUCCGUUCUGGAUCUGGCAGCUUCUACCAUUGUACAGGCCUGAGGUUCUGCGCGUGGUGCCGGUGGGCACGCAGGUGACCAUUAAUCGCAUCCUCACAGGAUUGACUUAUGGGAACUCGUGUGUGAAUCCGUUCUUCUACACGCUGCUGACAGGCAAGCGCAGGCGGACCAGCAGGAAGACGAUAAGCGCGGCUGCCCCACUUUGCCACAAGGGCAGCUCUGAACAACAAUAACAGCUGCCCACUAUUUUGUCCACCACGCAGCCCAUGACCAAUAAGACUGUGCAUAGUUAUCUUUAUUAAACAGAUUACAAAUUUUGGUGCUUAUAAGGGCUUAACGAUUAUAGCUUUGUACAUGUGCUGUGCAAAUAGCAAUACUCUGUAAUCCAAGGCAAUGAAGGUGUAUGUUCUCUGCUCCCUGGACUACAUGUAUAAUUCUAGAUAAUCUGACCAGCAUUGUGUAUUAAGGUCCCUGCAAUCCAAAAUGAAAUACUAAGUGAUGAAUUCUUAAUGAAAGUGUUUCUGAAAUAUUUAGGGUUCGUCACCUUUGAAGCGGAAACCAAAAAAUUCUGGUCAAACUGCUGUUAAAUAU